AUGGCGACCGAUUCACCGUCAACCCUCGAAAAGGGCAUCUCUGCUACCGACAAAGACCAGACCAUCGCGGCAGAAGGCUCCAUCAUCGAGAAACACCGUAUAACCGACCGAGUCGAUGAUCUGUCCGAAGUCGAAGCCUCAAAGGGCUGGUUUGGCGUCCUCGUGCGGUAUGCACGCCUCUUCCGCGUCGAAGAACGAGGCAUCGAGCGAGUCAGGGAGGAAGACCGCAUCAGGCAAAGUCCUCUCGAUGGCUUUACCAUGUGGGCUUCUGCUAACUUCACACCGGCAACUUUCGCAACAGGCGUCCUAGGCCCCGUCUUCGGUCUCGGAUUCUGGGACUCCUUCUCCGUCAUCCUGAUAGUCAAUUUCGUCUGCAGCUGGGUCAUCGGCUGGUUCGGCUGUCUGGGCCCCCUGACCGGGCUCAGAAUGAUGUCCACCGGCCGAUACUCCUUCGGUAUCUGGGGGUCGCGAGUGCUCAUCGCCCUGAAUCUGUGCGGCAUGGUCGGAUGGUCCGCUGUGAACAGUAUCGCCGGCGCGGAAGUCCUGAACGACCUCUCAGACGGGAAUUGCCCUCUCUGGGCCGGAAACUUGAUCAUCGGCGUCUGCACAGGCCUGAUCUGUUUCCUCGGCUACUUCGCCGUGCACUGGUUCGAACGUAUCUGCUGGAUGCCGCAGCUCUUCGUCUUCAUCUUCAUCGCCGGAUACGGCGCCAAACACUUCGACGCCGGCGCUCUCCCCAUGGGUUCCGGCUCAGCAGAAGCCGCAGGCGUCAUGUCCUUCAUCGCCACAAUCUACGGCUUCAUCAUCGCCUGGGCCGGUGCAGCAGCCGACUAUAACGUGCGCAUGCCAGUCAACACCAGCAAACGAAUGCUCAUCUUCUCCACGUGGGCCGGCAACUUCCUAGGCGCAACAAUCACAGAACUCCUCGGCGCAGCAUUCAUGACAUCUGUCGCUAAGGAUCCCAAGUUCGCAGCCGCCUACGACGCCCGCGGUGUAGGAGGGCUAAUGGGCGAAGCUCUCCGACCCAUCGGUGGCUUCGGCAAAUUCCUCCUCGUCCUCCUCUCCCUCAGCAUCAUCGGCUGCAACCUGAUAAACAACUACUCCCUAGCCUUCAUGUGCCAGAACUUCCACCCGAUAAUGAUGAAGGUGCCCCGGUUCAUCUGGACGAUUCUGGGGUCUGCCGCGACCAUUGCCGUCGCCAUCGCAGGCGAGAACUCCUUCACAGAGGUACUUGAAUCCUUCCUCUCUAUCAUCGGAUACUAUACCACACCAUUCCUGCUGUGCAUCGUCAUCGAGCACUAUCUGUUCCGCAAGGGUCGCUAUCCGCUCGACGAUUGGAAUAAUAUGAAGGUUAUCCCGUACGGCAUCGCGGGCUUCCUGGCUGUCGCGUUGGGUUUCGUCGGCGCUGUCCUCUCCAUGGAUCAGACAUGGUAUACCGGUCCCAUUGCGAAGGCGAUCAAGCCUCACGGUGCGGAACUGGGGUGGAUAUUCAGUGGUAUCUUUUCUGUGGUUACCUUUAUUCCUGUCAGGUAUUUGGAGAGGAGGUAUACUGGGCGAUAG